CCUUCCGCAGGCGUCGGAGCACAGAGAGGUGCUCUGGGAUCGCGGGCGGCGCCGGCGGGCGGCGCGGUCCUCACAGGAGACCCCGGGGACUGGGGCUUGACCCCGAGGUGCAGCGAGCCCCCCUCAGAGCAUCAGUUUUGUGAGUACUAGAGGAGUACAACCAUGUUUCGGAAUAGUCUCAAGAUGCUUCUUACUGGAGGGAAAUCAAGUCGUAAGAACAGAUCAAGUGAUGGAGGGAACGAGGAACCACCAGAACGAAGACAGUCAAGUGUAGACUCUCGCCAAAGCCGCUCUGGGCAAGGUGGCAUCUCCACAGAAAGCGACUGUGCUUUUGAGCCAGACUACGCCGUCCCACCACUUCCAGUGAGUGAAGGUGAUGCUGAACAGGAACUUGGUCCCCCUCCAUCUGUAGAUGAGGCAGCAAACACACUCAUGACUCGUCUGGGUUUCCUCCUUGGAGAGAAAGUCACAGAAGUUCAGCCAGGUGAUCAAUAUAACAUGGAAGUACAGGAUGAAAAUCAGACCUCAGCAAUCACCCAGCGGAUAAGUCCCUGUUCUACUCUGACCAGCAGCACUGCCUCUCCACCAGCCAGUAGCCCCUGCUCCACCCUCCCACCAGUCAGUACAAGUGCAGCUGCCAAGGACUGCAGCUAUGGGGCUGUCACUAGUCCAACCUCCACCCUUGAAAGCAGAGAUAGUGGUAUUAUUGCUACAUUGACAAGCUAUUCUGAAAACAUGGAACGCUCAAAAUACGUUGGGGAAAGCAGUAAAGAAUUGGGAUCUGGAGGAAACGUAAAACCUUGGCAGUCUCAAAAAUCCAGCAUGGAUUCCUGUUUGUAUCGAGUAGAUGAAAACAUGACAGCUUCCACCUAUAGUCUGAAUAAGAUCCCAGAAAGGAAUUUGGAAACAGUUUUAUCGCAGUCAGUACAGUCUAUUCCUCUUUAUCUUAUGCCACGGCCAAAUUCAGUAGCAGCCACAAGCUCUGCCCACUUGGAGGACCUCGCUUACCUGGAUGAGCAGAGACACACACCUUUGAGAACUUCGCUUCGAAUGCCAAGACAGAGCAUGGCUGGUGCUCGCACACAACAGGAUUUAAGAGUCCGCUUUGCACCUUAUAGGCCUCCAGAUAUCUCCCUGAAGCCUCUGCUCUUUGAAGUGCCCAGCAUUACUACAGAGUCGGUGUUUGUUGGCCGUGAUUGGGUCUUCCACGAAAUAGAUGCUCAACUUCAAAGUUCAAACGCCAACGUGAACCAAGGAGUCGUGAUUGUGGGAAACAUUGGGUUCGGCAAAACCGCCAUCAUCUCCAGACUGGUGGCCCUCAGCUGCCACGGAACACGGAUGAGACAGAUUGCCUCAGACAGUCCACACGCCUCCCCCAAACAUGUGGAUGCCAACAGAGAGCUGCCGCUCACACAGCCACCAUCAGCCCACUCCUCCAUCACCAGUGGAAGCUGCCCAGGAACUCCAGAAAUGCGCCGGCGGCAGGAGGAGGCCAUGCGGAGACUCGCCUCGCAGGUGGUGGCCUAUCACUAUUGCCAAGCGGAUAAUGCCUACACCUGCCUGGUGCCAGAAUUCGUCCACAAUGUUGCUGCACUGCUCUGCCGCUCACCUCAGCUGGCAGCGUAUCGGGAGCAGCUCCUCCGGGAGCCCCACCUACAGAGCAUGUUGAGCCUUCGGUCCUGUGUUCAAGACCCCAUGGCCUCCUUCCGGAGGGGAGUCCUAGAGCCCCUGGAGAAUCUUCACAAAGAGAGAAAAAUCCCAGAUGAAGAUUUCAUCAUCUUGAUUGAUGGAUUAAAUGAAGCAGAAUUUCAUAAACCAGAUUAUGGGGAUACAAUUGUAUCAUUUCUGAGUAAAAUGAUUGGAAAAUUUCCUUCCUGGCUCAAACUAAUUGUAACAGUUAGGACCAGUUUACAGGAAAUUACCAAGCUGCUGCCUUUCCAUAGGAUAUUGGACCGCCUAGAAGAGAAUGAAGCCAUAGACCAGGACCUGCAGGCUUACAUCCUGCACCGGAUACACAGCAGCUCAGAGAUCCAGAAUAACAUUUCCCUUAAUGGCAAAAUGGACAAUACUACAUUUGGCAAACUCAGUUCUCAUCUCAAGACCCUCAGUCAAGGGUCCUAUCUGUACCUGAAACUCACAUUCGACCUCAUAGAGAAAGGCUAUCUAGUGUUAAAGAGCUCUAGCUACAAAGUAGUUCCUGUUUCGCUCUCAGAGGUUUAUUUACUCCAGUGCAAUAUGAAGUUCCCAACCCAGUCUUCCUUUGACCGGGUGAUGCCUCUUCUGAAUGUGGCAGUGGCCUCUCUCCACCCCCUGACUGAUGAACAUAUCUUCCAGGCCAUCAAUGCUGGUAGCAUUGAAGGCACGCUAGAGUGGGAGGAUUUUCAGCAGAGAAUGGAGAAUCUCUCCAUGUUCCUAAUCAAGCGCAGAGACAUGACUCGUAUGUUUGUGCAUCCUUCUUUUCGGGAAUGGCUUAUCUGGAGAGAAGAAGGAGAGAAAACCAAAUUUCUCUGUGAUCCCAGGAGUGGUCACACAUUACUUGCCUUCUGGUUUUCCCGCCAAGAGGGAAAACUAAAUCGACAGCAGACUAUUGAACUGGGACAUCACAUCCUCAAAGCACACAUAUUUAAGGGUUUGAGUAAAAAAGUUGGUGUAUCGUCCUCCAUCCUUCAAGGUCUCUGGAUCUCCUAUAGCACAGAAGGUCUUUCCAUGGCCUUGGCAUCUUUACGAAACCUCUACACUCCAAAUAUAAAGGUCAGCCGACUGCUGAUUUUGGGAGGUGCCAACAUUAAUUACCGGACAGAAGUGUUAAAUAAUGCUCCAAUUCUGUGUGUCCAGUCUCAUCUUGGUUACACAGAAAUGGUGGCCCUACUGUUGGAGUUUGGAGCCAACGUGGACGCCUCCUCUGAAAGCGGCCUGACCCCUCUGGGCUACGCCGCAGCGGCAGGCUUCCUCAGUAUUGUCGUGCUGCUGUGCAAGAAACGGGCCAAGGUGGAUCACUUGGAUAAGAAUGGCCAGUGUGCUCUGGUCCACGCUGCACUCCGAGGUCAUCUGGAGGUUGUCAAGUUUCUGAUUCAGUGUGACUGGACAAUGGCGGGCCAGCAGCAAGGGGUGUUUAAGAAGAGCCACGCCAUCCAACAGGCCCUCAUCGCUGCAGCCAGCAUGGGCUACACCGAGAUUGUCUCCUACCUACUUGAUCUUCCAGAAAAAGAUGAAGAGGAAGUGGAGCGAGCACAGAUCAACAGCUUUGACAGUCUCUGGGGAGAGACAGCCCUGACAGCUGCUGCCGGAAGGGGCAAACUGGAGGUGUGUCGUCUGCUCUUGGAACAAGGGGCAGCAGUGGCCCAGCCAAACCGCCGAGGGGCAGUACCCCUGUUCAGCACUGUGCGCCAGGGCCACUGGCAGAUUGUUGAUCUUUUACUCACCCAUGGAGCUGACGUCAACAUGGCGGACAAGCAGGGCCGCACUCCCCUGAUGAUGGCGGCUUCCGAAGGCCAUCUAGGAACUGUGGACUUCCUCCUUGCACAAGGCGCCUCCAUUGCUCUCAUGGACAAAGAAGGAUUGACAGCCCUCAGCUGGGCUUGUUUGAAGGGUCAUCUCUCAGUCGUCCGUUCUCUGGUAGAUAACGGAGCUGCCACAGACCAUGCUGACAAGAAUGGCCGCACCCCACUGGAUCUGGCCGCUUUCUACGGUGAUGCUGAGGUGGUCCAGUUCCUGGUGGAUCACGGGGCCAUGAUCGAGCAUGUCGACUACAGCGGAAUGCGCCCUUUGGAUAGGGCAGUGGGUUGCCGGAACACCUCUGUGGUUGUCACUCUUCUAAAGAAAGGAGCCAAGAUAGGUCCAGCCACGUGGGCGAUGGCCACCUCCAAACCAGACAUCAUGAUCAUCCUGCUGAGCAAGCUGAUGGAAGAGGGGGACAUGUUCUACAAGAAAGGUAAAGUAAAGGAAGCCGCCCAGCGCUACCAGUACGCCCUGAAGAAAUUCCCUAGAGAAGGGUUUGGUGAGGACUUGAAAACCUUCCGGGAAUUAAAGGUGUCUCUCCUCCUCAACCUCUCUCGAUGUCGCAGGAAAAUGAACGAUUUUGGAAUGGCGGAGGAAUUUGCUACUAAGGCCCUGGAGCUGAAACCGAAAUCUUAUGAAGCUUACUAUGCAAGAGCAAGGGCAAAACGCAGCAGCAGACAGUUUGCAGCAGCCUUAGAGGACCUGAACGAGGCCAUCAAGCUCUGUCCAAACAACCGUGAGAUUCAGAGACUUCUGCUGAGAGUGGAGGAAGAGUGUAGACAGAUGCAGCAGCAGCCGCCACAGCAGCCUCAGCAGCAGUUACCGGAAGAGACAGAGCCCGAGCCCCAGCAUGAAGAUAUCUACUCGGUACAAGACAUAUUCGAGGAGGAGUACCUGGAACAGGAUGUUGAGAAUGUUUCCAUUGGCCUCCAGACGGAGGCUCGGCCCAGCCAGGGGCUCCCUAUCAUCCAGAGCCCGCCCUCCUCUCCAGCCCACCGUGACUCCGCCUACAUCUCUAGCUCACCUCUGGGCUCUCAUCAGGUUUUUGACUUCCGGUCCAGUGGUUCUGUGGGUUCUCCCACCAGGCAGAGCUUUCAGUCCACCUCACCUGCUCUUUCCCCGACUCACCAGAACUCGCAUUACAGGCCCAGCCCACCGCACACUUCCCCCGCUCAUCAGGGUGGAUCUUACCGCUUUAGCCCCCCUCCCGUGGGAGGGCAGGGCAAGGAGUACCCAAGUCCUCCCCCUUCCCCCCUCCGCAGAGGCCCCCAGUAUCGGGCCAGCCCUCCCGCUGAAAGCAUGAGUGUCUAUAGGUCCCAGUCAGGCUCCCCUGUGCGCUAUCAGCAAGAAGCGAGUGUUGGUCAGCUUCCUGGCAGACCCAAAUCUCCUCUGUCCAAAAUGGCCCAGCGGCCCUACCAGAUGCCCCAGCUUCCUGUGGCUGUUCCCCAGCAAGGGCUCAGGCUCCAGCCAGCCAAAGCCCAGAUCGUGAGAAGCAACCAGCCCAGCUCAGCUGUUCAUUCGAGUACCAUCAUCUCCACAGGGGCCUAUGGCCAAGUGGCCCAUUCGAUGGCUAGUAAAUACCAGUCCUCACAGGGAGAUAUAGGAGUCGGUCAGAGCCGGCUGGUUUACCAAGGGUCCAUCGGGGGGAUCGUAGGGGAUGGGCGACCCGUGCAGCAUGUCCAGGCCAGCCUGAGUGCGGGUGCCAUCUGUCAGCACGGAGGGUUGGCCAAAGAAGACCUUCCUCAGCGGCCUUCCUCAGCCUAUCGAGGCGGCAUGCGAUACAGCCAGACGCCGCAGAUCGGGCGUAGCCAGUCUGCAUCCUAUUACCCGGUCUGUCACUCAAAACUAGAUCUGGAGCGUUCCUCCAGCCAGCUAGGUUCCCCUGAUGUGUCGCAUCUAAUCAGAAGACCUAUCAGUGUCAACCCUAGUGAAAUCAAGCCCCACCCGCCAACUCCCAGGCCGCUGCUGCACUCCCAAAGCGUAGGCCUUCGUUUCUCUCCGUCUAGCAAUAGUAUCUCAUCCGCCGCCAACCUGACUCCUACCUUCCGGCCAUCUUCCUCCAUUCAGCAGAUGGAGAUCCCGCUGAAACCGGCCUACGAUCGGUCAUGUGAUGAGCUGUCGCCCGUGUCUCCCACUCAGGGAGGUUACCCUAGUGAGCCCACCCGAUCCAGGACCACACCAUUCAUGGGGAUCAUAGAUAAAACAGCCCGGACUCAGCAGUACCCCCACCUUCACCAGCAGAAUCGGACCUGGGCAGUGUCCUCAGUGGACACCGUUCUCAGUCCCACGUCUCCAGGCAACCUGCCUCAGCCCGAGUCCUUCAGUCCGCCGUCAUCCAUCAGCAACAUUGCCUUUUAUAACAAGACCAACAAUGCACAGAAUGGCCAUUUGCUGGAGGACGAUUAUUACAGCCCCCACGGGAUGCUGGCUAACGGGUCCCGCGGAGACCUCUUGGAGAGAGUCAGCCAGGCCUCCUCGUACCCCGACGUGAAGGUGGCGCGGACCCUCCCCGUGGCUCAGGCAUACCAGGACAACCUGUACAGGCAGCUGUCCCGGGACUCUCGACAAGGGCAGACCUCCCCUAUCAAACCAAAGAGACCAUUUGUGGAGUCUAAUGUUUAAAAGACCGUUGGUUGGAGCGAGACCCAUAUGUUUUCACUGCACAUUUUCAGGCUUGGUUUCCACAUCUGAGGUAGUUCUCUGGCUUAAUUUCUCAUGUAGUUUCUGCGUGGUGUUCAGAGGUGGCAGCCCACGUGCUGAAACCCUUUGCAUGCAGCCGACUGGGAAGCUGGCCUCCGGUGAGCCAGGACUUCGGUUUUUCUUGUCUGUGCCCCAGCCACACGCUCUCUCUCCCUCUCUUGCGAUGCCAUCGAGGAGAUAGUCGUGCCGUGUGCGUUCACCCAGGGAGAUCAGACACACUGGUCAGCUUUUCCAGGAGACAAUCGCUUUCACUGAUGUUCUUGUUGUGUAACUGUCUUUCUCCUUUUUUACAAAAAUAAGAUGUUCUUGGUCGUUUUCCUCUAGGAACUUUAGAAAGAGUGCGAUGCCCCCUUUGCCUUUGCAUUCGUAUCCAGCGUGACCCAGAUAGCAGCAGCCCCAGUGCGUUCGUGUGCCAUGGUCUCCUCCCCUGGACUGCCAGCUCCCUGCAGCCAUCAGUCAGAAUGUUCAUUUAGAUUAUUGCUGGUCUUCCUAUGGGGGUGAAGGAUCAAGGGGAAAGAGAAGAAGUAGAAACACCAACACAAUUUUUUUGAAAUGUCACCACAGUGAUUUCCCAAGAGGCAUUUUAGGAACAUUUGGAAAACAACCAGCCCUUUAAAUAUUUCAGUCAGCCAAGGAAAUUGGAUGAGAAUCAUAGAUACUUUGAAAUAAUUCACUGAGUUAUUGGGUUUUUAGCCAAACUGACCGUGAAAAGCUACCAAUUUUCCAUGGGUGGGGGGAGAGAAUAAAUAUCUAGACAGAAAAAGAAAGACUGUUCUGGAUUCUCAGUGAAAGGCUAUAGAAAAUCUUUGGAGAAAUCUACUUUUUAGGUCCUUACAGGUCACUGAGCAUCAUAUUCCACAAAAAGCAUACUCUUCCUGGAGAGUGACUGGUGCAGUAAUCCUGUUAGCUGGAUCUUUGCCUAGAGCCAGGUUUGUCCUACUGGCCCUCUUUUUUUUUUUUUUUUUUAACCCAGAUGGUAUACUGAAAAAUUGGUUCUCUGAGAAGGAAACUGAAUUCUUUGGGGACAGUAGGACUUAUUCCCAGAGCUCACACCCAGGGCCAUUGCUGUCCAUCCCGGAUGCUGUCUAACUCCAUUUCAGGAUCUUUAGUUUCAUUAUCUAUUAUUACAGGAUUGUUUCUUUCCUUUUACGAGGGAGGCGUGUUUGGAGAGUGAUAUUUAAAAAGCAGACACAGCAAAAGGUUUCAGGGAGCAGAAAGACCCCUUUCAGCCCCGGGUGGGGACACAUGAGAGAAACAGCAAGGCUUCUGACCCAGUCACCCGCCACACAUCUUCUGUGUCUUGUGGUCAUUUGCUAACAAGUCCUUUGAUGCCUGAGGCCUGCAGAAGAUGGACAGCAAGAACAUUGAAAGCAAAGCCUUAGCACAGGCCUGGUGACGACACAUCAGCUCUUAAAAUUAACAAACUAAGCAAUUAAAACUAAAGAGAGUCCAUUCUCUGUUCCAGGAAUCGUUCUGCUCUUGUUAGUAAAGGGCUACAGGAAGGGCAGUUUCCUGAAUAAAAAUCCAGAUGUGACCAGACCCGUCUGUAAUAGUAAGUGUCCUCUGAAAGAAUCACUAAGAUAUGGAGAGCAUGACGCUGGAAUCAGAAACACUUCUUUACGAGCUUAGGUUCUGCCCAGUAGAUGAACCCCUCCACCCCCAAGCCUGAAACAGGAUGAGAGGUGUAGCUCUGUGCUGGAAGUGAGGCAGCGGGGCUGACCAGACUCUGUCCACUCUCCCUGAUGCUUAAGGACUAUCUCCCGUUCAGCUAGACCAGAGUGGACAUCAGUGUCUCUUCUUUCUCUUUCAUCCAGAAGACGAAAUGUACAGCUCUAGCAUCAGCCUAGGAGCCCAGCAGCCUCUCGGCUUUUUUUGUUCACAUCUCAGCCUUGUUGGGCUCUGUGCCUCUUACCCUUUUUAACCACCUCUCACUGAGGAGCUGCUACUACAUUUUGAAAAUGUCCCCAGGGUCUGUUGGAAAAGUGCCCCUGUGGUUUUUGUUUUUUUCUUUUCUUUUCUUUUGGAACACCACACAUACCACCUGCACUCACCUGAGUGGGGGAGCAGGUUCUGUGGUUUUACAAAUGGGCCACUGAUGCCACUUCUCCCUGGCAUGUGUCUUAGGAUUUUCUAGGACAGACGGAUUUAGGGUCCAGGCCUUAUAAGGCAAAAUGCCUAAACCGUUCACAGUCAAAAUGCAAUUCUUUUUUAGCCAUUGUAAGGGGGAGUGGAUGUCACUCCUGGGCACCAGUUGUUUUUGACUAAGAAAUGCCAACUGGACCUCAUGGGAACAGAAGACAAAGUCUUUCCCUGUAAGCAGACUGCCCAUGCCCUGUGUUGCUACUUCACUGCCAUGGGAUGAUCUUAGUACUGUAUCUUAGAGAUGCCCUCUCCCCCAGCACCACUUGCUGAAUCAAUGCCUGGCUUCAGGUAGGGGGAAAUUUUUCAGAUGAAACUGGUAAGUUCCACUCCCCCGAUUCACAUAUCCCUGAAAUGGAGACAGUGGUGACAAACUUGAGCUUUCAGGUUUCUCACCAAAUUGUGCGUUCUGUUCACCCAGCAUUCUUGCACUAAUGGGUUUCCAUUACAUCCUGUCUAUACAUGGGUGCACUUUAUUGUUUGAAUUUGUAACUCUGAUAAAUACUGGAUAUUUAAGUGUGAGUAAUGUCUUCAUUAGAAAAUAGCAAAAAAACCGCCCUUGUCUUUUAGUGUAUUUUCAAGGAAAAAAAGGAAAGCAAGCGAGCAGUGGAUCACAGCAUUUAUAGCACAAGAAAUAACUUGUAUAUAAGCAUCAAAAAGAUUAAGAGUUUUUAAAUACAAAAAAAAAAUAUUUGCAGUGAUUUUAAAGUGCUUUUCCAGCAAUUUUCUUAGGGACUCCUGAGACAUGGUUACUUUAUUUACUGGAUCAGUAAGGCACACAAUUAACGAUUAAAAAUUAAUGUUUAUUUACAAAGUAAAGGGAAAAACCUGUGUAACAUGAGAAUUUGGCAUGGACAAAAUGGAGACCAUUUUGUAUCUGCUGUUAUAUCUUGUCCGGGUUGCAGACGUGCUCUGUUGAAGUCCCAAGUUAAUAGAGCACAGACCCUUCUUGUUCCUCUCCCAUGUGCCCCUCUUUCUAGAUAUGUUUAACUUAAACUUGAAGGCUCAGGAAAAUUCCACUAAUUAGAAUCAUGUACAGUACCCAGGUUGUUGUCCAGAGAUACAAGUUUGCUAAUUUAGUUAAUCCUGGAUUAUUAAAACACUUUUCCUAAAUUAUUGUAAACACAACAGCUUAAAGAAAGGUUUUCUCGGUCCUUAUAUUGUAUAGAAGUUUAUGACCCCCAUCUCUAAAUGUUGGUAUUUUUAUAUUGCAGAGAUGUACCCAAUAGAAAAAUGAAUCAGUAUCUAAUUUAAUAUCCGUAAGUAUUUUCCUUAGAUUUUAGUCAUAGACAGUGGGUUAUGUGGACGUCACCUUGUUUCACCAUACUUCACCACUAGGUGUCACUGUGGCUCUGCACCAGGCUUGGUCUGGUAGCAAAGAAUGGCAGCAUCUCUGGAGGAGCUGCUUCCAGGCCAGCAGGCAGGCCCACAGGCUCAGAGGGUUUGGGAAGGAAGGGAACAAAGGCCUGGAAAGUGGUCUUCACACAUCUGUGCCAGCUGUGGUGAGAUAAGCUCUUUGAACACUACCUGUUUUGGACCUUCAGCCAAGCAUAGGCUGGGAAAGGUUGACCAGAAUCCCUUGCUCUGGUGGAUGGAUGGGUAUGUUGACACCCAUUUCUUCUCCAUGAGCACCCCUCUCAGUUCCUCUUAGCCUCCAAAUUUUAUAACUCCAGAGGUGUCACAGUUGGAUGGAUUGAUUCAAAGAUAGUUAUUUUUCUACUGCAGAAAUGCCUUGGACAAAACCAGUUGCUUAUUGAAUCUUUGCCACAGAAUGAAACAGACUCCCCCAGGGGGCAGGAUGUGCCCACCCCAUCCCCACCUCUGCCUGCCUGUCUGUCCCUGGGCUGCCCACUUCUCAAAAAGCUACCCCGCAGAGGCCGCCUGCUUCUGCUCCCACACCAGGCCUGUGCUGCCCAGUUGCGUGUGCACUGGGAGGCAUGGCUUUUUCUCCUUCUCCUCAAGGAAUUCCAGACUGACCAUCUACCAUGACUAACAGCAACGAACAAAGGGCUUAGGGGUAGGAGCUACCUACAAAGACGUGUCAUGGAAACCUUCACCAUGCAAUGCCUUGAACUCAGCUCUGACUGCUCCCAAGAACAGGUGGCUGGCUGGGGGGCCUGGACACAAGCACAACGGGGCUGGUGGAGCCACUGUGCAGAGCUACUUGAAUAAUCACUGGGUCUUCAUCAACUUUUAUAACACAGACCACUCAAGGGCUGAAGUGUUGAUAACCUGCAUUUCGGUGUCCAAUGCCUCACAGCAGCUGAACCACCCUGAGAUGCUUGUGGCCAGGUAGUGGCCACAGUCAGAGCUUUGAAAGUCAGUACCAAAUGAACGUGUAAUUGGACACCAAAAAUCAAGUGUUACUUUCAUGUUUCCUCACCCACAUCAUCUCGUUUCCUCCCGCUGACUCUGUGAUAUCUCCACUAAGCUGACCCGUCAGGUUUUUAGCCCGAUGCGUACAGACGCAGGCCAGCAUCACUCUCGUUUUUUUUCACACCUACUCUGUGGAAAGGAAGGAGCCUCACUGCUGUGUUGUUGUUGUAGCACUUACUGGCUGGAUUUUGCUUUUGCCUCAUCACUAACCAGAAUAUCUGGUCAGGGGGACUCAACUCAAUCCCACUGGUCCCCAGGACCAGACAGAGAGAGUUAAUUCUGGAAAAUUCAGUACUUGAAUGUACCUGCCUUAUUGUGAACCAACUUACUGCGGGGAAAGUUAGAAAUGCUGGCUCCAGAUCUCUACUUCAUUCACAGGUUAUUUUGGAAAGCCUGUACAUGACACUUCUUUUUGUGGUUUGUUUUUAUUUCUGAAAUGUUUUUUUCUUCUUUGGCUGAUUCCUGCUGAGUGGGGCCGGUUCCUCGUCAGGCUCAGGGCAGGUGCCAUUCUCAGGCAUGGCCUCCUUUCCAUCCAGCAUAGCAUCUUCAUCUCUGUUCUGUCUCCUCCAAAUCCAAGAUGAUUUUAAUUAGUACAGACCUGUACAGUCGACAAUUAAAGAGUGCUUUGUACUAUUAUGAUUUUGAUUCUUCUUCCUCUUGCUGUCCUUUGAAGACACUUGCUGGAAAAAGCUUUAAUGCACUUAGUUUUCCUGUAGGUUUUCUAUAACUCAGAUGUAAAGGACUUUCUCUGUACAGUAUAUUAUCCAAUGCAUGUUUGUUCUCUAUCCUGAUAUAUUGAACACCACACAGUUGUGAACUCGUGCAGUGGGUAUGUCCCACACCCAGCAGAGGCAUCUAGCCCCCUGUGUAUAAGGAAAGACAUUUUCCUUUGCUGUACUUGCUUGAGCAGUUUUAUUGUCUGUACAUGUGAGCUGUGUGAGAUAGAUGUGAAAAGUUACAUGAAUGCAAUUUCCUGCCCAUGUAUACAGAUCGCCAUCUGUACAAUGAACUGUAUGUAUGAAAGCAAAUGUACUUAUUUAUAAAUGGGUAACACUUGGAAAAACA